CACUGAGAGCUUCAGAACUGUGUCACAGACAUAAAGAAGAAUGAACCACAAAUAACAGAGAAGAUCACUUAAAGAGAGAAGAAUGAACAUUAUCUUGACUUUGAUUCUGCUGAUGAUUCCUGGUGCUGUGACCUCCAUCAGUGUGACAGGAUAUUCAGGGGGUGGAGUCAUCAUCACAUGCAAAUAUGAGAGACAAUAUGGGUCAAAUAAUAAGUAUUUUUGUAGAGGUAAGUGGUCAUCAUGCUCUGACCUCAUCAGAACUGAUAUUAAAGAUAAAUGGGUGCAGAAUGGAAGAUUUUAUCUGUAUGACGACACAAGAUCUGCAGUCUUCACUGUGAUCAUCAGAGAUCUGAAGAAACAGGAUACUGACACAUAUUAUUGUGGAAUUUAUCGUUCAAUCGCAUUGGACUCCAAAACAGAAGUGAUUCUGAAUGUUAGAGAAGGUCAACAGAUCAGGACUGUGAGAGGAUAUUCAGGUGCAAGUGUUAUUAUAAACUCCAAAUAUGAGCAUGAGCACAAGUGGAAGUUGAAGUAUUUUUCGAGAACUGAAACACUUCGUCAGUAUUCUGAACUGAUAUCCACAAAGAAAGUUGAGGAGUGGCAGCACAAUGGCAGAUUCUCUGUUCAUGAUAACAGAUCUGUAGGACUCUUGCAAGUGUUUAUCAUACAGCUGGAUGUGGAAGAUUCUGGAGAUUAUAAAAUUGUGUUUAAAGUUUCUGAAGACUACAGUUUCUUCUAUGAACUGAACCUGGUUGUAAAUGAUGAUGGUUGUUGUGAGAACAUCAUCAGACUCUCAGUUACUUCAGGAGAAUCUGUGAACAUCAGCUGCAGAUAUCCACGAUCUCACAGGAGCGACCGCAAGUUUCUUUGCAGACGAUCUAACACUUAUAAAUGUUCUCAGAUAUCAUCUGUGAAUGAGAGCAGAAGAUGGACACUAGAGAGACAGUUUCAUCUGUAUGAUGACAGAGAAGAUCAGCUCCUGACUGUGAGCAUCAGUAAUGUGACUCGACACAAUUCAGGAGAAUACUGGUGUGGAGUUCAAUCUGAUCAACAAUACAAGAUCUUCAUUACACAAGUCCAGCUCACUGUCACUGGGACAAAUGUUCUGAAACCAUCACCGUCAUCUUCUUUCUUCUCAUCAAUCACAACUCCACUGAUCACAGAAACCUGUCGAUCUAACAUCACAUCCAUGUCUUCAGUCUCAUCAGACUUGUCUCUGAUCAUCGGUCUGUCUGUUGUUCUGGUUCUGAUCUCUGCUGGACUUUUAUUACUGAUAGUGACUCUCUAUAAGAGGCGACAGACACGAGGCGCUGAUUCCUCAUCCAAAAUAUCUCACAUCAGACCAGGACAAAAUGAAGAGGUUCCUCAAAAAGCUUGUGAUUACGAGGAGAUUAAAGACAUCAGACUUCACAAUGAUUCAUAUACAGGAAGAUCCACUGUCUACAGUACUGAACAAAUGGCCAAAUAUCCAUCUGAUUCUGUUCAUGCCACUGUACAGUUACUCUCUAAACCCUCUGAUUCUGAUAUUGUUUGUACAGUUCAAGAUCCCAGAAGUGACAGUCGGUGCUGUGUCACGUCUACUGAGGAUCUGAAUUAUGCAGUGGUGAACUUUCACAAGAAACCUGACUGUGUUGAUCGGAUCAAUUUGAGCAAUAAUCAGAAUGACAGCGAAUAUGCUACUGUCAGUUAUGCCACUGUUUGAGCAGAAAA